AUGGGGAAAAUGUUUCAAGCAGUUACUAUGGAUUUAGAUAUGAUAUCGUUCCUCAUCUCCACUUCCAUAUAUAUUAUUUGUGGGACGAUUGGCAACACACUUGUUAUAGCCGUUUACUUAUCUAGAAAAAGACAAUUUCCAAGACGAGCCUACAUCCUGAGUCUGGCGAUCACAGACCUUGUAAUAAUGGUGCUUGUCGCCCCCUACACCAUUGUGUUUCAGUUACGACUGGUGACAAGCAGUUUUGCUUGUCACGCGUUCGAAGUGUUUCGUCAUGCAGCCAUUGGGUUUUCUAAUCUUAUCCUCAUUUUGAUAGCUUGGGAACGCUUAAUGAUGGUAUGGAGGCCCCUGAAAGCUAUGGAAUCUACAACCAAACUCUCCUUCAUGAUAGGGUUUCUGUUAUUUGCCAUUCUUUGUGCCAGCCCUGCUGCUCUUGUUUAUAAUGUAAGUUACCACAACAGUACCCAGUCUGGAAAUGGAACGCAGACACAGCAAAAAUACUGUGCUCAUACAACAAGCAUAUUAGGAAAACAGAAAACUUUAUGGUACAGAAAUUUGAUUUCUUUUUUGAUGGGAGUGGAAUUUUUAAUUUUGAUAACAACUUAUAUUCUUGUCUAUGUACUUAUCUAUCGACAUAGGAAAAGGGCUCCACGAGCAUAUGUAGGAUCAAAUAUUAAAAAUCGUGUACAGAAGCAAGAUUCAAAUGAAAGUCAAACACGCAGUGCUUGUCCUAUCGACAAUGACAGAGUAGAAGACCGUGGUGAAUUAAACAUUGUCUCAACCCCAUUAUGUCAAGUCGAGAGGACAGAUUCUGAAGAAGUUGACACAGACGUCAAAGAACGGUCUUUUGCAAGGGUUGAAUCUACUCCAUUACGUCAAGUCGAAGACUCAGAUUCUAUAGAGAUUGCGACGGAUGAAAAUUUAGUUUCAAGAAAAUCAAAAAUAUCCAACGGAAAACAAGAGAAUAAACUGGAAACCAUCUACCCGGAGAAAGAUUCUGAAAAUGAUGACAUUGCUCAAGAAAACUCUUCGCCGAAAGAUCUGCAAAGCUUUGGACACAAAGGUGCAGAAUCGAAAACGAUCGACCUAGAAAGAACGUCAGUAUCGGAGGAAAGUGAAAAUCACCGAGAAUCAGCGUGUCUUAAUGGUGACCAGUUAUGCCAAGUCCUGCUGGUUUAUAGUGUUAGUUACCACAGCAGUACUCACUCUGAACAUGGAACACAUACACAGAAAAAUUAG